AUGUCUACGAAAGUUUGUCUGCCUCCGGCAAAAUCAACCGCUACGGCGUUUUAUGAUCAUUCAGAUGAUCCGUGGUUCAAAAAGGGUUUCAUGGAGUCCGAGACGGAAAAAACAUGUGUAAAACCAGUACCUGCUUACUUGAAGCGGAAAGGUUUUCGUCCAGAGGAGUUUGGAGAUGAUGGUGCGUUCCCUGAGAUUCAUGUUUUUCAGUUCCCUCUUGGCUUGGGCAAGUAUAGAUCCAACAAGACGCUGUGUGUUGGUGUUGAUGCUCAGGGAAACGUGGUCUUUGACGCCCCUGUGAGGCAGAACGAGAACUCGAAUAAGAUUGUUUACUCUCAACACAAGGAUCUUAUUCCCAAGAUUCUGCAAGACGGUGAGGGAGUUUUGGAACUGGAGAAGCAGAUACAGGACACUGCUGAAGAGACAAAAGCUGCUAUUGAGAAGAUUGUGAACGUGGGACUGAGAAAGCAACCGAGUGGCUCCAAGUACAUUGAGUAUAAGCCAUCAUCAUCCCAGCAAUCUGAAGCUUUCAAAGAGAGGAUGGUGAGGAUGGUGGAGAUGCCUGUAGAUCCACUUGAUCCGCCAAAGUUCAAGCACAAGCGAGUUCCAAGAGCUUGUGGCUCUCCGCCUGUUCCAGUCAUGCAUUCACCACCUAGGCCUGUUACUGUCAAGGACAAACAAGACUGGAAUAUCCCUCCUUGUAUCUCCGGUUGGAAAAACUCUAAAGGGUAUACUAUCCCUCUUGAAAAACGUCUUGCCUCUGAUGGAAGAGGGCUACAAGACGUCCAGGUCAAUGAUGACUUUGCCAAGUUAUCAGAAGCCCUCUAUGUAGCUGAGCAGAAAGCUAGGGAGGCUGUUUCAUUGCGGUCAAAGGUGCAAAAGGAAAUGGCGAUGAAGGAGAAGGAAAGAAAAGAUCAGGAGUUGAGGGCUCUUGCCCAAAAGGCUCGGUCUGAGAGGACUGAGGCUCUAAGUAUGCCAAGUGAGAGUGUUGUUGACCCGAGGGAAACAGAGGAAAGGGAAGAGAGGGAGAAGAUCCGGCAAGAGUGUCGUGAGGAAAGAAGAAGAGAUAGGGAGACAAGGGGUAAGAAGAGCAAGAUCACAAGGGACAGAGAGCGUGAUAUCAGUGAGAAGGUUGCGCUUGGAAUGGCAUCUACCCGAGGUCAAGAAGUUAUGUAUGAUCAACGGCUGUUUAACCAGGAGAAAGGAAUCAACUCUGGUUUUGCCACUGAUGACCAAUACAAUGUGUAUGACAAAAGAUUGUUUGCUGGGCAACCUACUCUCUCAACGCUUUACAAGCCAAAGAAGGAUAUGGAUGAUGAAAUGUAUGGGAAUGCAGACGAGCAGCUCCAUAAGCUCAAGAACACUGAGAGGUUCAAACCCGGCAUAGCUUCCAGCAGUGCGGGGAAGAGAGAACAACCUGUUGACUUUACCAAGGAAGCUGAGGAAGAUCAUUUCGGUCUUGCACAGUGGGCGUGUGAUUUGAAGAAAGCUAAGAAAUCGUUCGUGUCUGGAGGAACUAUGGGAGCAAGUGGUGGUGGAAGCUCUUCAGCGGAUGACUAUGAUGGUUCUGGUCGGACCAAGAUCAGUUUCCAACGUGGUAUGCCCUGGAAGUAG